UUGGCAUGGCAGACAGAGCGAGCGGGGGCAGAGAGAGGGAGAUUUUGAAUCUGUGAGACAGACAAGAGAGACGGAGCUGGUGAGGUGACACAGGCUGGGAGAGAGGGGAGAGAAAGCAAGGCAGCGUGAGAAGAGGAAAGGAGAGAGAGAGAGAGAGAGAGAAGGAGAGGAGAGGAGAGGAGAGAGGAGCAGCGACAGUGAGAGUUGUUGCACAGAAUACGAUGAUGGGACUGUACUAUCCUUCCGUGUUGUCGGGCUCUCAGGAUAGUGCUGGCGGUCAGGAGGGACUCGUACCACCUUUCUCAGCGUUCCCUCCGCCUCCCCCGCCGCCCCCCCAGAACGGCCUGGCCCUGGAUUACGGGGGCAGCUUGUACACAGCGGGGGCCGUGCAGGGCCCCGUGGAAGCCGGCGGAGCUGCGAACAGCGCCGCCAACGCUGCCAACAGCCUCAGCGCUCAACAGACAGAUGGAUCCUCCCAGAUUGACGUACAGUCAGGCGUCGGCUCAGGAGGAGGAGGCGGAGGGUCGAUUGGGGAUGAUUCAGACGGCAAGGGGACCCCGAAACGCCUCCAUGUGUCGAACAUCCCCUUCCGCUUCCGGGACCCUGACCUACGGCAGAUGUUUGGGCAAUACGGAAAAAUCCUUGAUGUGGAGAUCAUUUUCAAUGAGCGGGGAUCCAAGGGCUUUGGUUUUGUAACAUUCGAGACUAGUGCAGAUGCAGAGAGGGCCCGGGAGAAGCUUCACGGUACACUGGUGGAAGGACGUAAAAUCGAGGUGAACAAUGCCACAGCCAGAGUGAUGACAAACAAGAAGAUGACCACACCUUACUCUAACGGAGAGGGCCUCGCAACUCUGCCAUAUGCUGGUUGGAAGUUGAGUCCCAUGGUUGGAGCCAUGUACAGUCCUGAACUCUACACAGUACCCGGGUUUCCGUACCCGGCCGCAGCAGCAGCAGCUGCCUCGACCGCUGCCACCUUCCGAGGUGCUCACCUUCGGGGUCGGGCCCGGCCCGUCUACAGCGCGGUCAGGGCAGCUGUGCCACAGCCUGCCAUCCCCACCUACCCUGGCGUGAUGGCCUAUCAGGAUGGCUUUUACGGUGCGGCUGAUCUCUAUGGCGGCUAUGCAGCGUAUCGUUACGCCCAGCCGACAGCAGUAGCGACUCCUGCAGCAGCAGCGGCUGCAGCAGCAGCUUACAGUGACAGCUACGGGAGAGUUUACACAACAGACCCUUACCACGCUGCCCUGGCCCCAGCUGCCUAUGGUGUAGGAGCCAUGGCCACGCUGUACAGGGGAGGCUACAGUAGGUUUGCCCCUUACUAAAGACACUACAUUUCCCAGGAGCUCCUCUCUUCCAUUGAUUUACUCUGAAAGAGCUCCCUCUGUUGUCGUGGAGGUGGACUGCACCCAGUUUUAAAGUGUGGAGUCGACCCCAACAAAGAUAUUUCAGAUCCCAAACCCCGAGCAGUCCCACAUUUUCUUAUAUACGCUACUACAGAAAUAGAGGAAUGCUGUAUUAAAGACUGACGGAUGGCCUUAAAAGAAAAAAAAAGAAGAAAAAAAAAAAAGACUUAAAAAAGGCCACCUUCCCUAUUGCACGGCUGUAUUAUAGUCCCCUUCUUCUUAUUCCCUCGGCACUCAGCAGCACAAGACUCGGGACGGAGCCCACAUGUUCUUCCAAAGGCUGUGUGUAGAAAGCUGACAUUUAAAUAGCUGUCGACCAUGUUUGAGACGGAGCCAAGAGCUGGGAGGGAAAGGAGCAAAUCAAAGCCUCCUCAAAAAAAACCCAUCAGAGCUGUAGGAAGCAGGAAGAUGCACGAAAGAGCACCUAAAAACAUUUUAAAGCGGAAUGACGAGUCUCUAAAAUGAUUUUUAAAAACAACAACAACAACCCACAGACGGAUUUGGUCGUUCCUCCUCAGAGUGCGGGCAGAUAGAGAGGGGAGAGGAGGUCCAUUGUAGCUGUGGGUUCUGGUAGACGUGUGUGGGGGGGGGACUGAACAUGGCGGCUCGGAGAAACGAGGUGAUGGUUUAUAACGCUACAGAAGUCACGUCUGAAAGCUGAAGGGAGGAGGAUUAUUAGAGCUGCUCCUUACCUCAAGUUUUCUUAGUAUGUGGAAAUGACGAACCUUUAAACUUAAAAUUGUUAUGAUAUGCAAAGAAAUUAGUUUAGAGAAAUGUUACCAAAUUAUUAUUAUUAUUAUUAUUAUUAUUGUAAUUAUUCUCAUUAUUAUUCUUACAAAACCAUGAUUUAGUUGAGCUCAGCAGCUUCUGCUGUCAUGUAGAUCCAACAGUGAAACUUGGGGUUAAAAUCGGAGAAUCUGUAUAACCAACAUGUUCCACCUUUUGACUAAACGACACAACUGUAGUCUCGUGAUUCCUCCUGCGCACAGGAUGUCACUGCACUGUGUGUGAACACUACAGAAAGUUCAACACUACUCCUUCAACAUGUUCUUCUUCUUCUUGGAAAGGAUUUUUAGCUUUUAGAUCAAAAAGAAAAUCCUCCGCCCACAAACCUCCCAGGUUCAAGCACAUGUUGAUCCUUCAGUGUAGAGAUUAAUUGUUUGGAUUUUCCCCUCUGACUACAUCUUUUAUUUUAUUAUUAUUUUUUUUUAGAGCAGCGUCCAACAUCGAAAGAGUCUUCCUGAAACAUACUUUAGUUGGUGAUUGUGUUUUCCAGCAGCUAUUACUGAGCAAGAGAGAGAUUCUGUCCGUGAGUGAAUAGAAAAUAUUUAAAUGCAAAACACCUUACUAUUGUGCAUAUUUCUUUACCGUUGUAUUCUUAAUUUCCAAAUCGUGGCUUUUUUUUUUUGUUUGUUUGUUUUGGCUUUUGUUUUUGUUCCAAAGAUUUGUAGAAAGCACAUUUUUCUGCCGUAUGUAUAAAUAUAUUAUCUUUGUUAUUGAUGUUCUCAUAAUCCUUGAUAAUCCUAUUGCUGUCUUUAUUUACUUAUAUUCAUCUUUCAUUCAUUUCUUUUUUAAAUAUAUAUCUGAAUCCUUUCCAGUAAGGUGCAAGUUAACAGUUCUUUUUUUUUUUGUGCUUGAUCUCGAGCCGGUUGCGUACCUGAGAAGUGACGGACUAAAGGUUUGCUUGUAACACUACCAAACGUUGAUCCCUUUAGUGAUAUAUAUUCAGGCAUUUCUGGCUUUAUUUGUUUUUGUUUAGUUCGUUAUACACAUUAGCAUGACGUAUUAUUAUCUCUUUAAAAUAUACAACAUGGGCGGGAAACAGACUCUUUCUGUGGUUAUAUUUUGAUUGAGAUAUUUGGAAUAAAUGAACAUAGGUCUGUAGCACUUUGGUCUAACCAAACAUGCUCCUUUUCUGUGUUUUUCUUUUGUAAGUUUUUCUAUUUAUUUCUCCCUACAUUUCAAAGCUUUGCCAGCGUCGUUUGACCCAGGUUUGUUUGAAGAUAUCAAAUAAAACGUCUGAAAGUGUUAUCUCUCAUACAUAGGAAGAUUAUAUUCCAACAUGUUGAAAAACAAAAUGUCUUUGUGGUAUUUGAUCUAUAUUGUGUGUUCAAUGGGGCAGGUUUUAAUUUUUGUGUUGUUUUUUUUUUUUUUUGCCCAUAAAUAAUUUCAAAGCUACCGUUGUGUUUUUCACUUCUCACACUUGGGAAAACAUACAGGUCAAAACACAUGUUUGUUUUUUUGUUUGUUUGUUUUUUUGUAUGUGUGCUGCUGUUGAAUUUUUCUUAACAUCUGACAUUUUUCAUGAUAGAUUUCCAAGUUACAUUUAGAAUGUGCUCUGGACAAAAAAGGGGGCGGGGGGGGGGAAAGAAAUCUAGCCAAAGAUGCUAACUUGUAGUCCCCAGCACGUUCUGCCUCCCAACUUGAGAAAUGCUACACAAAAUACACAAAGAUGGACUUACAAAGCCACUGAAGGCAUGGACAAACCAGCAUGAGUGAUACUUGUCAAGUAAUAUAUAUAUAUAUACAACAACAAAAAAGAAAACAAUUUGCAUGAAUCUUGUGUCUAUCAUAUUUUGACUCCUUAGCAGCCGAGCCCAGUUGCGUUCUUCUUUACCGCUGUACACUCUGGAGAAUGUCAGGCAGCUAGCAGUUUGACGCUAGCUAGCACAACAAAGAGCACAGUGCUGUUUGACAAAAAGACCGGCUGACACAAAAUGGCUGCCACGCAAAGGAAUCGUGGCAGCGUCAUUUUCCUGUCGUAGUCUUCUUGCCCAUGUAUUAUAGUCAGCUAUGUGGCCAUUCUUCAUAGUUGCUAUAUGGUUUGUUAACAACCAGUCCUCUCCUUAUCUCAUGUCUAUAUCCUUUUGACUGCCAUUAUGUUUUGUUUUUUUUGUUAUUGAAUGUCCAUAUAAAAUGUUUUAUAUAAAAAUGUUUUGUUGUGA